AUGUACCAUUUAAAAACUGAUGAGGAGGUGAAAGAGUCCAUUGCCGAAUCUUAUCAGAACCCAGACGGACAUAUCAGAAUUGUGUUAUGUAGUACAUCAUUUAGUAUGGGCUUAGAUGUGAAAGGGGUCAGUACAGUCAUCCAUUAUGGGGCCUGCAAUGAUUUAGAUGACUACUUGCAAGAGUCUGGCAGAGCGGGCAGACAAGAAAAUGAGCAAUGUCAUGCCAUAAUUAUGAACUAUAAAAGGUGUCUUUCAAGUAAAAACAUCAGUCAGGACAUGAAAGAAUAUGUGAAAGCGAAAGUAUGCAGAAGGAAAAAAUUGUUACAGCCAUUUGAAGACGAAUAUCAGACAACACAGAUAAUUAAACAUGACUGCUGUGACAUAGGCGCCUUGCAAUGCAUCUGUAUGUGCUCAUGUGAUAAUGCAGACAUUUGUAGCUGUGAACUUACAUGCCCAAUGAAUAGUUCUUAUGUUUACGAUAAAAUGAUGUACUUUCUAGACAAUGAUAUUGAAACUGAAAAUCCACAAUGUUUAAGUGAAGGAUAUAGUAGUGACAGUGACAUUGAAGAACAUCGCUUACGAAAACCGCAAUUGCUCGAAUAUUCAUCUGACGAAGGUUAA